AUGCAUAGAAACGUAAUUGUAGGCUCUGGACCAGUUAUUGGAAUUAAAUAUAAUGAGGGAGUAAUGUUAGUAGCAAGCACAUUAGCUUGUUAUGGAUCAUCUAAAAUGUUCGGAGGUAUAUCUCGUUUUCACGUAAUUGGUGCAAAGUCCAGUGAUAACAAGAAUGGAAUAGAUGCAAAUAUGAUAAGUAAUGAUGAUAUUGCAUUAAUAGAGAAAAUUUCAAGUGUAGAUUUAAAUGACAAAGUGGAAUUUUAUCCAAAUGCUUAUACUGUUAUUUCUUCCACUGGUGAAUAUAGUGAUUUCCAAUAUCUGAUUGAACAAGUUGAAGAAAAGUCUUUGAAUGAUUUUUAUAAUAAUACAUUAAAAGGUCCGAAGGAAUAUUCAAAUUUUAUUAGCAAUUUACAUUAUGAAAAGAGAAAUAAGAUGAAGCCAUUAUAUAAUCAAAUAGUUAUUGCUGGUUUACAGAAGAAUAUUUCUAGUGAAUUUGAAUCUUAUUUAAGUAUUGUUGAUCAGUUUGGGACUUUAUUUUUUGAUGAUUAUGUAGGAAGUGGUUCAUCUGGAUAUUAUGGUGUUUCAUUGAUUAGACAGAAAUAUGUACCGGGGAUAAGCAAAGAUCAAGCAAAGUCUUUACUAGAAGAAUGUAUGAGAAAUAUCUUUUAUUUGGAAUGUACAGGAUCACGUAUGUUACAAUUUGUUACUAUAACAUUAAAGGGUACUACAAUAUAUCCAGCAUAUCCAGUUGAGACUACUUGGAAAUAUGAAAACUAUAUGAAGCCACAAUAUGAUAGACAUGAUUAUGUUGGCUUUUGA